CAGUGGUAUACUGCCAGCAAGUGGAUUAUGCCGAGGCAGUCAUGCAGCUCAAGUACUUGGGCUCGAUCUUACCGGCACACGACUUUGAAAACCGAGUGGCGUCGAUCGCGUGGUCGCCGAACAAUUUGAAGUUGGCCGUUGCGUCGACCGACCGGUCCAUCAGUUUGUUCGACGACAAGGGCGCGAAAAAGGACCGCUUCUCCACCAAACCGGUAGACUCCAAGAACGGGAAAAAGAGCUACGUGAUAAAGGGUAUCGCGUUCUCGCCAGAGUCGACGAAAAUCGCCGUCGGCCAGACCGACAACAUCGUCUACGUCUACAAGAUCGGCGAGGAAUGGGGCGCGAAGAAGGUGAUUUGCAACAAGUUCCCGCAGAGCUCGGCCGUCACUUGUCUCGCCUGGCCCACCGAGGGCCCCAUCAUAGUCGGCCUGGCGGAUGGCAAAGUUCGCGCCGCCGUCGUCAAGGCCAACAAGGCCCAGACCCUCUACGCCGCUGACUCGAUGACCCUCGCCCUAGCCACCAACGCGCGUGGCACGGGGUUCCUCUCGUCCCACGCCGACGGCAGCAUAAUUCGGUACUACGUGGCCGAGGACGGCGCGGCCGAGGCCUCGGGGCGUAUAUUGAAGCACCAGGUGCCGGUUUACGCCCUCGGCUGGGCACAGUGCCACGUGAUGGCCGCGGGGAGCGACAGGCGGUUGGUGUUCUACGACGCGCGGGGCAAGGUCGCCAAGGCCCUGGACUACAGCAAGGAGGACCCAUCCGAGAGGGAUAUUGGGGUCGCCUGCUGCAGCCCGAGCGGACAGAGCGUCGCCGUCGGCUCCUGGAACAAGAUACGUGUUUUCGACUGGAGUCCCAGGAGGAACCUCUGGGAGGAGACGAACUCGCGGGAGCUGCCCAACUUUUACACCGUCACAGCGAUGGCCUGGAGGAGGGACGGUUCGAGGCUGGUGGUGGGCAGCCUGUGCGGUGCGGUCGAGCACUUUGAGACGAUGCUGAGGCGCACCGUGGUGCGUGGCAGCCACGAGGUGUCGUACGUCGGGCCGAGCCAGGUGGUCAUCAGGUCCCUGGAGGGUAAAGGUGGGGGCAGGCCCGUGAUCGUCAAGUCGCACGCCGGCAGCGAGAUCGAGGACGUGAAGGUGAUGGGCCGGAACGGUAGCCGGGUGGUGGCGCGCACCGUCCAGUCCUUGAUUGUCUGCGACAUCGAGCGCAACCUGCUCAGCGAGAUACCCUGGGAGCAGGACAGGAGCGACCAGGAGCGCUUCUUCUUCGAGUACCCGGGCGUGUGUUUGGUCUUUUGCGCCGGUGAGCUGACGCUCGUCGAGUACGGGAGAAACGAGGCCUUGGGACUCGUGCGCACCGAGUCGGUCAAUCCCCGGGUGGUCAGCGUGAGGAUCAACGAGCGCAGGUUGUACGGAGCCCCGGACAACAAGCGGCUCGCCUACCUGCUCGACCCGAGGACCGUGAGGAUCGUGGAUCUUGUGAACGACGUCACCGUGACGAUGAUCAGCCACGAGGCGAGAAUAGACUGGCUCGAGCUCAGCGAGACCGGGCACAGGCUCCUUUCCAGGGACAAGAGAGCCAGGCUCUGGCUCAGCGACGACGAGGGGGGACACCAGCUACUGUUGUCCGGGGUGAGCUACGUAGGCUGGGUGCCAGGGAGCGACGUGGUGGUCGCCCAGUCGGGGGCUAACUUGGUCGUUUGGUACAACAUCGACGCGCCGGACGCGUCGACGUUCAUCGGCAUCAGGGGCGACGUGACCGAAAUCGUCCGGGAGAACGGACACACGUCGGUUAUGGUUGACGAUUCGGGCACCGAUGUCGGGUACCAGCUCGACGAGGGUCUCAUAGAGUUUGGCACUGCUUUGCACGACAAUGACUUUGGCCGCGUGGUUCUGUUCCUGGAGGAGCUCGGCGAUCGGCCCCAGACCGAGGCCAUGUGGGAGAACGUCGCCAACAACGCCAUGAACGAGAGAGCCCUGGCCGUGGCAGCGCGUUGCUACGCGGCACUGGGCGACGUGGCCUGCAGCCGGAUGCUCAAGGAGAUCGUGGAGAUUGGCGAGCGGUACGCCAUGGAAUCUGGCAACGAGCCCCUGGCCAGUCCCGACUGCUGGGCCAAGCUCGCGGUCCUGCGCGGCGAACUCAAGAGCGCCGAGGCCAUCUACCUCGAGCAGAACGAGCUGACCAAGGCGCUCGACAUGUACCAGAGGUACUGGCACUGGGAGGAGGCCCUCGUGCUCGCCCAGAACCGCAGGUGGUCCGGCCUCUCGCGGCUCAGGGACAAGCACCUCGCGUGGCUCAUGGAUACCGGUCAGAUCGCCAAGGCGGCGAGCAUCAUCGAGUCGGAUAACCCGCGAAAGGCCGUCAAGCUGUACCUGGAGGCGCGCCGUCCUGGACGAGCGGCUCGACUGGUCCUCAGUCAGGACGAGCUGGUCGGCGACGAGGACGUCGUGGCCGAGGUGGUGCGCGCCCUCAACGCCGCCGAGCUGGCCGAGCUCGCUGCCGAGAUACACGAGCGCACCGGCGACUACCACUCGGCCAUCGAGUCCUACGCCAAGGCUGGCAUCUUCGCCAGGGCACUGGAACUGGCGAGGAAGCUCGAGCCCAACUCCGUGGUGCGGCUGGAGCGGGAGUGGGGCCACCACCUGAUGUCCUCGGGCCACUACGACGCGGCCAUCAACCACUUCAUCGAGGCGGGCGAGACAUCCCUGGCCCUAAAGUCGGCCGUGCUGGCACAUCAGUGGCGCAAGGCGCUCCAGAUAAUCGAGGUGGUCGACCUCGAGGGCGACCCGGAGAUGCGGGGUCUGUGCGAGCGGGUGGCCGAGCACUUUGCCUCGGCGCACGAUCUCGCCCUGGCGGAGCGGUUGUUCCUGCGCGCGGGUCUGGCUCGUCGGGCGGUCGAGGCGUACGCGUCGGCGCGCAACUGGCAACGCGCCCAGGAGCUGGCGCAGCGCGAGCUCGAGCCCGAGGAGGCCAGGGAGCUGCUGGCCGGGCACGCCGAGGCUUUGAGAAGGGCCGGGGACUACAGACACGCCGAGGCGCUGUACGCGGCUACGGAGCAGCACGAGCAAGCAAUCGCCAUGUACCGCGAGGCCGGUCACAGGCAGGACAUGGUCAGGCUCGUCGGCAAGUACAGGCCGGAACUGCUCAAAGCCACCCACGCCCACCUGGCCAAGGAGCUCGAGGCCGCGGGCAAGCCCAGGGAGGCAGAGGAGCACUUUAUCGGGGCGGCGGACUGGAGGGGUGCCGUGGCGGCCUACUGCUCGGCCAAGAUGUGGGAGGACGCCAUAAGGGUGUCCAAGAAGGCAUCUGGCGACAAAGCGGCCCAACAGGUAGCGUUGAUGUGGUCGCGGAGUUUGGCCCCGGAGUUGGGCGCGCGGCUGUUGUCGCGGUUGGGCUACUUGGACGCUUGUCUGCGGAUGACGAGCGAGGCGGGUCAGUUUGACUGGGCGCUCGAAGUAGCCAAGUACGGCAGCCCGGAGCAGCAGAGGGACGUGCACUACAGGUACGCGAUGGCGCUCGAGGACGAGGGUCGAUUCGCCGACGCGGAGCGCGAGUUCCUGAGAGCCGGCAAGGCCAUGGAAGCCGUACAGAUGUACGUGCACACGCGAGACUGGCAGGCGGCCGAGGACGUCGCGCAGAACCACUGCCCGGAGGGCCUCACCCAGGUGCUCGUCGCCAAAGCCUCGGAAGCCGUCGAAGCGAGGGACUUUGCUGGAGCCGAGUCGCUCCUACUGCGCGCCCACAAGCCCGAGAUCAUCAUUGAUCACUACAAGAACGCCGGCAUGUGGUCGGAGGCGAUGCGAGUCUGCCGUGAGUACCUCCCGACCCAGGAGGCAGCGCUGCGCCGCGAGAUCGGCCAGCACCAGCGCACCGGCAGCGGCAACGGCAGCAGCGACAACCAGCAAGCCGAUACCGACACACUCGACGAAGCUCAGCGCUGGCUCGAGGUGGGCGAGGUCCGGACCGCCCUGGAGAUCCUCAUACGAGAACCCCACGCCAGCAAGGCCUUGCUCCUCCAGGCGGCCGAAAUCCUGCUGCAAAGGGCCGAGCCCGAACUCGCGAGCAACCUGGGCGGCGAACUAGGCACGAGAUUGACCACCGCCGGGGAGCACGGACUGGCAGCUCAGGUCUUCCUCCAGGCGGACCGGUUCAAGGAGGCGGUCAACGCCCUGGUGGCCUGCGGCGACUGGACCAAGGCGAAGCGCGUCGUACGGGAGCUCGCCCCGGAACUGGGUCCCUACCUCGAGGACCUCUACCGAGAAACGAUGAUCAGGGAGGGCCAGCUGGAGAACUUGGCGCGCGUCGACGCGGACGCCGCCAUCGAGAUACUCGCCAAGAACGGACAGUGGGCCCAGGUGUUCGAGAUGGCUAGGACCCAGGGUGCCACGGCGCUGCACAAGUACGUGGCCCAGCGGGCAGCGCAGCUCAUCAAGGCCGACAGCGUGGCCGAGGCGCUGCAGCUCUACGUGGAGCACGAGGCCCCCACGCUCACCCAAAACUACAACCUGUACUUCCACCUGAGCGAGCGGGUCCUCAACGCGCCCGAGACCAGCGCGGAGUACGCGUACCUCGCCAAACUGAGGGACAUCCUGCUGGGCCUCGUCAGGAGCGUCGAAGACCCAACCGUGAGUGUGUCGAGCAAGUUUGAUAGACUGUUGAAGGCGACCCACUACUCGAGCGUGCGGUGCGCGAGCCGUACGGCCCUGCCGGCUCUCAGCGGCGUCGUGCUCAAGACGUCGGUGGCUCUGCUGCGCUACACCGAUGUCCUGUUGGCCGAUCGGUGUUACUACGAGGCCGGCAUCGAGGCGCGUGACGCCGGUCUUGCCAGCGAGGCCUUUGUCUUUUUGAACCACUUUCUCGACCUCGAGGAGUGCGUCGAGGAGGGCGACGGCAGCGUCUUGGACGUGGACGAUCUCAAGCUGACGGAUUUCCCGCUCCAAGUGCCGCUGCCGGCGUCGUUGGCUCUGAGCCGGGAGCAGCGAGAGGAGGUGCGCGAGUGGGUGCUCACCGUCUCGGUUGACCAGAAACUCGAGCAGGGCUUGCCUACCGAUCAGCGAGGUAUCUAUGUGGGCUCGUUGACCAGUCACUCGUCGAACGCAGCUCCGCUGGCCGAGUGCGCGCUUACGGGGUACCCGGUGCGGGGCCCGGCGGUGCAGUUCGAGGCCGGCCGGUGCGUCGCGAGGGACGACUGGAACAAGUUUGUCGGCGCGGCCAGGCAGAGCUCCAACGACUCGGCGCUCAACGACGUGCUGCGUUUCGUCAAUGAUUGGUGCGGCGCCGUGCCGAAUUACAGUUUGUUUUAG